CCACAAGUUCGUGCAUGACUUUUUAUUCAUUUUAGAAGACUUAUAAAUCCACUCAAAAUUCCUCAACCUCUCAUCCGACCCUCUCUCUCUCUCUCUCUCUCGCGCAUUUCGUAAGCAUCUGAUUUUAUCAGUCAUGAGCCACUAUGAUCAGCAGCAAGCUCCUGGGGCAUAUCCCCCACCUGUGACUGCAUAUCCGCCGAGCUAUGGACCUCCACAGGCUGUAGUAGAUCAGGGCAACGUUCAAGUUCCUAAUUAUUAUGUUGCACCACCUCCACCAAUUGGUUACCCAACCAGAGGUACUGACGCUGCAGCAGGGUAUAAUCCCCAACACAUGCCUCCCGUUGAAACUACAACUAGGGGUGAAGGGUUUUGGAAAGGAUGUGUUGCUGCCUUGUGCUGUUGCUGGGUCUUAGAUUUUUGCUGUUGCUGAUAGCCUGCAGACAGUAUUAUGCUCCCAUCAAUUUAGAAUGUGACCCGUCCUGUGUAAUCUAAAAUCUUGAAAAGGUUUACACAAUUUGAUAGAUUCGUACUUUAUUACUAUAUUUCUGUGAUGCGGUAACAAUCACUAUAUAUUGUAUUGCCAAGGAGCUUAAAAAAUUCAUCGUUUUAUAUCAAACACCAUCUUAAAAGAACUCAA